GUGAUCUACCCCACAGAAAUAAUGGCACAAAGGAGCAUUUUCCGCGUGCAUGGAAAGUCGGUGAUAUCAUCCAUCUUUCUGCUUUGUGUGUGGAAUCUGGUUUCCGGGCAGAUUCGCUACUCCAUUCCAGAAGAACUGGAACAAGGUGCCUUCGUCGGAGCAGUCGGAAAAGAUUUGGGUUUGAGCAUAGAGGAGCUAUCAAACCGUAAAUUCAGAAUUAAGUCUGCCGCAUCAAAACAAUACCUUGAUGUAAAUAAUAUGAAUGGAAUUUUAUUUGUAAAUGCAAGAAUCGACAGGGAACAGCUGUGUGGUCAGAGUGAUAACUGUGUAUUGCUCGUGGAAGCGGUGGUUGAAAACCCUGUGGAGCAGUACCGUGUGGAAGUUGAGAUAUUGGAUAUAAACGACAAUUCUCCAAUUUUUCCGAAAAGCGAAAUUCGUUUGGAAAUUUCAGAAAGCAGGAUGCCAGGAUCGCGUUUUCUGCUAGAGGGCGCGUACGAUAUGGACGGGAGAAAUAAUUCUGUUCGUAACUACCAGAUCGCUGCUAAUGAUCAUUUUACGUUGGAUGUGCAGAAUUUUGGGAAAUUGAAGUUACCAGAACUGGUGCUGCAGAAUAUUCUCGACCGAGAAAAACAACCAGUGUACAGUUUAUUACUGACCGCUCUUGAUGGCGGUACUCCAGGGAGGUCAGGUACGGCUCAUGUAACUAUUGUUGUUUUGGACAUUAAUGAUAAUACACCGGUUUUCGAGCAAUCGGCGUAUACUGUUAGCCUGAAGGAGAACGUAUCACGAAAUUCCUUGGUGAUUAAACUUAACGCGACUGACCUGGACGAGGGCACAAAUGGCGAAAUCGUUUAUUCUUUCAGCAGUUACAAUGAACAAAGGAUAACUGAAAUGUUUACGAUUAACCACAAAUCCGGGGAGAUACGUACCAAAGGAAUUAUGGAUUUUGAAGAAACCAAUAUUUAUCAGAUUUAUGUACAAGCUAAGGACAAAAGUGUGCAAUCGUUAUCCACACUCUGCAAUGUGCGGGUGGAUAUCACAGAUGUGAAUGACAACGCUCCUGAUAUAACUUUGAAUUCUGUUUCCGGUACAGUCAGUGAAAAUGAUCCAAGUGGAACGUUGAUCGCAUUGAUCAGUGUGACAGACAGGGAUUCCAAUCAAAAUGGACUCAUCGACUGUUCUAUCUCACCCAAUCUACUCUUUAAUCUUAAAUCUUCCUUCACAAAUUCCUACAGACUAGUUACAAAUGCAGCACUCGAUCGAGAAAGCGCCCCUCAUCAUAAGAUUACAGUAACUUGCAAAGACCGUGGUAUCCCACUUUUAUCUACCAGCCGGACGAUUGUGUUAAAUAUCUCAGAUAUUAAUGAUAACGCGCCGCGCUUUACGCAGCCUUCCUACACGGCCUAUGUGGCGGAAAAUAAUGAACCCGGCAGCUACAUUGGAUCAGUAACAGCUUUGGAUCUUGAUAGCGACCGAAAUUCACAGCUUUCUUACUCUAUUUUGGAGAACCAGAUACAGUCAGUGCCUGUGUCUUUCUACCUCUUUAUCAACUCAAAUAAUGGCAGCAUCUACUCGAAAACUCCUUUCGAUUAUGAACGACUUAAAGGUUUUCAGUUUCACGUUCGGGCUCAAGAUGCCGGAUUAACAUCACUUUCCAGUGACGUUGUUGUGAAAGUGAUUGUCUUGGAUCAGAACGAUAAUCCACCCAUGAUAACAGCAAAUGCAAUAAAAAGCAACAGCAGUCUGCCUGUGCCUCGUUCUGCAGACCCGGGAUAUAUGGUAACAAAGGUCCUUGCUUCCGACGCAGAUUCCGGUAAGAAUGCACAACUGUCUUAUCAACUCAUGCAAUCCAGUGACCCGGGUCUCUUUAUAGUUUCAUAUAACUCAGGAGAGGUAAGAACUGCUCGGCGCAUUAAAGAUAGCGACGCCACCACACAAAGGCUGAUUAUCCAGGUGAAAGAUAACGGUUAUCCCGCUCUCUCCGCUACCACCACCUUUACUUUGACAAUAGUUGAGGAACACACGGAGGGUUUGCUGGACUUCAAUGAAGCGCGUAACGACCUAGAAGACACGCAGAACCUAUCAUUAUAUAUAAUAAUUACACUAGGAGCAACCUCGUUUGUUCUUUUGGUGGUUAUAAUUGUACUUGUUGUAGUCAUUUGCCCAAUGGGCAGCCAUUCUGCAUCUGGGAAUGCCUGCACUUUAGCAGAUAGCUGCUGCAGAAGAGAGUUGGAAUAUAGCCAUUCGAAUGUGAACUUGCAAAUCGUGCCGGAUUCUCACUUCCUUCCCAGUCUACUUGAGGUUCAUGGAAAUGGAUCCCUUUCAGAAACAUACCGUUAUAAAAUUCGAUCGGCGCCCGAACCACGGGAUAUAUAUUUCACCCCAUUCAGUCCACAGAUUCACGGGACCAUUGAAAAGUACGCUAAAUAUGCGCCAACGGACAGUACAAAGACAAGGAGCAGUUCGUCGAACGUGGAAAAUGAACCCUUUAUGGUUGAAGCAAUUAAAGUGACUUUAGGCGUUGCCUUUCGCGUGGUCCAGCAAACAGAGAAAGGUAGUACAUGUAGGAUACCGAUGGAAGCUAUUUGCCUGAAGGAGGCAGUGUUCACAAAAUAUGACACCCAAGCCUAUUCUUCCUUCCAGCACGAGGUCCGCAGCCUUGCGAGCAGUGGCGCCUCAAGAGGUGAAAACCACCUAGUGAUCCACCGCCCAUCCCCCAAUAUACGAGAGAGGAAGCUGAAUAAUGGCGGCGUGUGUACGAACGCAGCGGACCAUCUCUUCAUCCGAUCACACUUCAACUUAUUCAACACAUUGAAGGAAUUGGUUCGGAUGUGGGCCGGGAUGCUUUCAAGAAGAAACAUUGUUAAGGUAUUUGUGAUCCACCCCACAGAAGUAAUGGCACAAAUGAACAUUUUCCGCGUGCAUGGAAAGUCGGCGAUAUCAUCCAUCUUUCUGCUUUGUGUGUGGAAUCUGGUUUCCGGGCAGAUUCGCUACUCCAUUCCAGAAGAACUGGAACAAGGUGCCUUCGUCGGAGCAAUCGGAAAAGAUUUGGGUUUGAGCAUAGAGGAGCUAUCAAGCCGUAAGUUCAGAAUUAUAUCAGCUGCAUCAAAACAAUAUUUGGAUGUAAAUAAUAAGAAUGGAAUUUUAUUUGUAAGUGCAAGAAUCGACAGGGAACAACUGUGUGGUCAGAGUGAUAACUGUGUAUUGCUCGUGGAAUCGGUGGUUGAAAGUCCUGUGGAGCAGUACCGUGUGGAAGUUGAGAUAUUGGAUAUAAACGAUAAUUCUCCGAAUUUUCCGAAAAGUGAAAUUCGGUUGGAAAUUUCAGAAACCACGGUGCCAGGAGCGCGUUAUCUGUUAGAAGGCGCUCACGAUAUGGACGGGAGAAAUAAUUCUGUUCGUAACUACCAGCUCGCUGCUAAUGAUCAUUUUACGUUGGACGUGCAGAAUUUUGGGAAAUUGAAGUUACCAGAACUGGUGCUGCAGAAUAUUCUCGACCGAGAAAAACAACCAGUGUACAGUUUAUUACUGACCGCUCUUGAUGGCGGUACUCCAGGGAGGUCAGGUACGGCUCAUGUAACUAUUGUUGUUUUGGACGUUAAUGAUAACACACCGGUUUUCGAGAAAUCGGCGUAUACUGUUAGCCUAAAGGAGAACGUAUCACGAAAUUCCUUGGUGAUUAAACUUAACGCGACUGACCUGGACGAGGGCACAAAUGGCGAAAUCGUUUAUUCUUUCAGCAGUUACAAUGAACAAAGGAUAACUGAAAUGUUUACGAUUAACCACAAAUCCGGGGAGAUACGUACCAAAGGAAUUAUGGAUUUUGAAGAAACCAAUAUUUAUCAGAUUUAUGUACAAGCUAAGGACAAAAGUGUGCAAUCGUUAUCCACACUCUGCAAUGUGCGGGUGGAUAUCACAGAUGUGAAUGACAACGCUCCUGAUAUAACUCUGAAUUCUGUUUCCGGUACAGUCAGUGAAAAUGAUCCAAGUGGAACGUUGAUCGCAUUGAUCAGUGUGACAGACAGGGAUUCCAAUCAAAAUGGACUCAUCGACUGUUCUAUCUCACCCAAUAUACACUUUAAUCUUAAAUCUUCCUUCGCAAAUUCCUACAGACUAGUUACAAAUGCAGCACUCGAUCGAGAAAGCGCCCCUCAUCAUAAGAUUACAGUAACUUGCAAAGACCGUGGUAUCCCACCUUUAUCUACCAGCCGGACGAUUGUAGUAAAUAUCUCAGAUAUUAAUGAUAACGCGCCGCGCUUUACGCAGCCUUCGUACACGGCCUAUGUGGCGGAAAAUAAUGAACCAGGCAGCUACAUUGGAUCAGUAACAGCCUUGGAUCUUGAUAUUGACCGAAAUUCACAGCUUUCUUACUCUAUUUUGGAGAACCAGAUACAGUCAGUGCCUGUGUCUUUCUACCUCUUUAUCAACUCAAAUAAUGGCAGCAUCUACUCGAAAACUCCUUUCGAUUAUGAACGACUUAAAGGUUUUCAGUUUCGUGUUCGGGCUCAAGAUGCCGGAUUAACAUCACUUUCCAGUGACGUUGCUGUGAAAGUGAUUGUCUUGGAUCAGAACGAUAAUCCACCCAUGAUAACAGCAAAUGCAAUAAAAAGCAACAGCAGUCUGCCUGUGCCUCGUUCUGCAGACCCGGGAUAUAUGGUAACAAAGGUCCUUGCUUCCGACGCAGAUUCCGGUAAGAAUGCACAACUGUCUUAUCAACUCAUGCAAUCCAGUGACCCGGGUCUCUUUAUAGUUUCAUAUAACUCAGGAGAGGUAAGAACUGCUCGGCGCAUUAAAGAUAGCGACGCCACCACACAAAGGCUGAUUAUCCAGGUGAAAGAUACCGGUUAUCCCGCUCUCUCCGCUACCACCACCUUUACUUUGACAAUAGUGAAGGAACAUACGGAGGGUUUGCUGGACUUCAAUGAAGCGCGUGACGACCUAGAAGACACGCAGAACUUAUCAUUAUAUAUAAUAAUUACACUAGGAGCAACCUCGUUUGUUCUUUUGGUGGUUAUAAUUGUACUUGUUGUAGUUAUUUGCCCAAUGGGCAGCCAUUCUGCAUCUGGGAAUGCCUGCACUUUAGCAGACAGUUGCUGCAGAAGAGAGUUGGAAUAUAGGCAUUCGAAUGUGAACUUGCAAAUCGUGCCGGAUUCUCACUUCCUUCCCAGUCUACUUGAGGUUCAUGGAAAUGGAUCCCUUUCAGAAACAUACCGUUAUAAAAUUCGAUCGGCGCCCGAACCACGGGAUAUAUAUUUCACUCCAUUCAGUCCACAGAUGCACGGGACCAUUGAAAAGUACGCUAAAUAUGCGCCAACGGACAGUACAAAGCCAAGGAGCUGUUCGACGAACAUGAUUCGUUACUCCAUUCCAGAAGAAUUGAAGCACGGUACAUUGGUCGGCGAAAUCGCUAAGGAUUUGGGACUAUUUCUGGAGGAACUAUCAAGUCGGAAAUUAAGGAUCGUUUCUCAGGUACCGUCGCAAGUUUUGGAUAUAAAUCUUCAGAAUGGAGUUUUAUUUGUGAAUAAGAGAAUAGACCGAGAGCUCAUCUGCGGCAAGAGUCUUUCUUGUAUACUGCCCUUGGAACUGGAAAUAGAAAAUCCCGUGGAACAUUAUCGAGUGGAGGUCGAAAUUCUGGACGUAAACGACAAUUCUCCCAAUUUCUUGAACACAGAAAUCCGUUUGGAAAUUGCAGAGUCUGUGUCACCUGGAACUCACUACAUUUUAAAGGCUGCACAGGACGCUGAUAUUGGAAAUAAUGCGGUUCGGACGUACCAGCUAACUCAAAAUAAUCACUUUGCUUUAGAUAUACAGACUCUUGGCAAUUGGAAAUUACCAGAAUUAGUGGUGAAACAGUCGCUCGACCGUGAAAGGUACUCCAUGCACUCUUUACUGCUUACUGCUGUUGAUGGUGGGAUACCCGAGAGGUCAGGUACUUCUCAGAUAUUUAUCGUUGUUACUGACACGAAUGAUAAUGCGCCCAUUUUUCAAAUGCCAUUGGACUCUGUUAGCUUAAUGGAAGACGUUGCACCAGGUACCUUGGUAAUUAAAGUUAAUGCUACUGAUUUGGAUGAAGGAUCCAACAGUGACAUAAGCUAUUCUUUGGGCAGCUAUAAUGAAGACAGUGCACUGGAAAUGUUUAGCAUUAAUCCGAAAUCGGGAGAGAUUAGAGUAAAGAGAAAAUUAGAUUUUGAAGAAACCAGUGUCUAUGAAAUUCACGUCGAAGCUAAGGACAUGGGGGCACAGUCAUUGUCCGCGUACUGUAUUGUUCGGGUGAAUGUCGAAGAUGUUAAUGAUAAUGCGCCUGAAGUGGUUAUGAAAUCAGCUUCGAGUACAGUCAGUGAGGACACGCCUGUUGGAACACCGAUUGCUUUAGUCAGCGCUACAGACCGAGAUUCCAAUAGGAAUGGCAUUACUGAUUGCCAGGUCUCACCAACCGCACCUUUCGAAUUGAAGCGCUCGCUUGAAAAUUCAUAUAAACUAAUCGUAAGUGAUACGCUUGAUCGGGAAAUAAUUUAUGAGUACGCGCUGACUGUGACAUGCAAAGAUCAAGGAACACCUCCACUAUCUACAAAUAGAACGAUGAUUGUAUAUGUUUCAGAUAUAAAUGAUAAUGCUCCCAAAUUCUCACAGCCUACACACACCAUCUAUGUGACUGAGAAUAAUUCGCCCGGCAGUUCAAUUGGAUCUGUGACAGCCUUCGAUCCAGAUGCAGAAGGAAAUUCCCAAAUUUCUUACAGAAUUGUGGAGGGCAGCGUUCAGGGUGACCCAGUGACUUCCUAUGUUUCAAUCAGCUCUGACAAUGGCGUGAUCUAUUCGCAGCGGUCGUUCGAUUACGAGUUGCUAAAGAGUUUUAAGAUCCAAGUGCAAGCUCGGGAUGCUGGAUUUCUAGUGUUUACUGGCAACGUUACUGUAAAUGUGAUUAUCCUUGACCAGAAUGACAAUCCUCCUGUGAUAUCAGCUAGCAGCAAGCAUCACAACAAUGCAACUGUGCCUCGAUCUGCCCAUCCAGGUUUUCUGGUUACCAGGGUGUUGGCUACAGAUGCCGAUUCUGGACAAAAUGCACGCCUUUCCUAUCAGCUCUUACAUGCCACUGACCCAAGUAUUUUCACAAUAUCGCAUAGGUCAGGAGAAGUAAAGAGCGUUCGCCGAUUUAAGGACGGAGACGCCGUCACACAAAAGCUAGUCGUUUUGGUGAAGGAUAACGGACACCCUGCGCUCUCUGCCACUGGCACAAUUGCCAUCGCUUUAAUUGAACAAACCGAGCUAUUUCAGUCAGAGUUUGGUGAUCGCCAUGGAGAUUUGCAAGAGUCUUCUGACUUGGCAUUUUACAUAAUAAUUUCUCUGGGAGCAGUAACAUUCUUACUCCUCGUUAUUAUAAUAGUCCUAAUUAUUGUUAUUUGCCCAGCACACAAACAGCCACAUCGUACUGCGAGUUGCUAUCUUGCAAAAUGUUGCGGUAUCAAUGAAUUAGAUUCCAAUGUUGGAAGGCAUAACGCGCAUGUCAAUCUACAGCUAGUGCCGGACUCCAAAUUAUUUGCCAAUGUCCUUGAAAUCCGGGGAAAUGGAUCCCUUUCAGAUACGUAUCGUCAUAAAGUUAGAUCUGCGCCAGAGGCAGAAAAAAUGGAAUUAAUGUAUUUUUCUACAGUCAGUCCAAUAAUUUCUAGAUCUCUCACGAAGAGCAUUGGAAACUGUGCGUCAGAAGUAAAUACGUGCCGAAAGAAUAACUGGCUAUCCGCAGGCGAAAUAAUGCAAACGUGGUUUAUCAUUGCCCUGCUUUAUGCCUGCGAAUUUGUAUCUGGCCAGAUUCGUUACUCUAUUCCAGAAGAACUAGAAAAGGGCGCCAUGGUUGGCAAUAUCGCUAAAGAUGUUGGAUUAGAUGUGAGAGAGUUGUCACGGCGCAGAUUCCGGAUCAUGUCUGCUGCAAAGAAGCGGUAUUUCGACGUAAAUUCUGACGAUGGCGUUUUAUUUGUUCAUGACAAAAUUGACAGAGAGGAGCUCUGUGGUCAAAGUCUGACCUGUUUUCAGAAUCUCGAGAUCAUUGUAGAAAAUCCUUUGAAACUGUACCGUGCCGAGGUGGAAAUAACGGAUAUCAAUGACAACCCCCCCACUUUUAAGCAAAGCCAGUUACGGUUGGAUAUUGUUGAGUCAAGUCCUCCGGGGAUUCGCUCACCACUACAGAGUGCGCAAGACCUCGAUGUGGGUACAAAUUCUGUCAACACCUAUAUGCUCAGCCCGAAUGACCAUUUCAAAUUGGACAUCCAGAACAUCAGCGAUGGAACUAAAACUGUAUAUUUGGUACUUGAUGACUACUUGGAUAGAGAAAAGCAAGUAAUUCAUAAUUUGCUUCUUACUGCCGUAGAUGGUGGGUUGCCAGUGCGAUCAGCUAGCACCCACAUUAUCGUCAGCAUACUCGACGUCAAUGACAAUGUGCCUGUAUUUGAUCAGGCGGUAUAUCGAGUGAAAUUGGUUGAAAAUGUAGCCACCAAUACUUUAGUUAUCAACCUGAAUGCCACGGACUUGGACGAAGGCACUAAUGCUGAUAUCAUCUACUCUUUCAGCACCCACACUCCACAGAGAAUACGUGAAUUGUUUAGCGUUGCGACGCACACUGGGGAGGUUAGGGUAAAAGGGAAGCUGGAUUAUGAGGAAAGCAGCAUCUACGAGGUGAAUAUCGAAGCUCGGGACAAAAGCCCUAAUUUUUUACCUGUAUAUUGUAAAGUUGUUGUGGAGAUCGUGGACGUGAAUGAUAUGCAUCCUGAGAUAACGUUGAUGUCCUUCCCUCAAGCAUUACCUGAAAAUGCAACAGUUGGGACAAUGAUAGCCAUACUGAGUGUAACAGACCCCGAAUCUGGUGCGAACGGCGCCAUUCGUUGUAUUAUUCCGAAAGAGCUCCCGUUCGAACUGAAAUCAGAUUUCAAGAACACUUACAUGUUGGUCACCGCUGGCCCAUUGGACAGAGAAACUGUUUCCCACUACAAAGUUAACGUCACUUGCCUGGAUGGUGGAUCACCUCAACUUUUCGUCAAUAAAGUUAUACUGGUGGACAUUUCAGACAUUAAUGACAACGCACCGCGCUUCACGACGACGUCAUACACUGCGUACAUAAUCGAAAAUAAUACACCCGGUGCAUCAAUCUGCUCCGUUACCGCAUUUGAUUCGGAUCGCGGUCAAAAUUCUGUUGUUUCCUAUUCCAUUGUGGAGAGUCAGACCCAAGGACUGUCAGCCACAUCGUUUGCAUCGAUUAAUUCAGAAAAUGGUAUAAUUUUCUCACAGCGUUCAUUCGACUACGAACAACAUAAAAACUUUCAAAUCUACGUUCAAGCUCGGGAUGCAGGGAUCCCAUCCCUCACGAGCAGUGCGAUUGUAAACAUUGUAAUUCUCGACCAGAACGACAAUUCCCCAUUAAUUGUUUCUGCUGUGAAGGGAAAUGAAACCCAGUUGAGUGUGCCUCGAUCUGCGCAUCCGGGGUACCUUGUGACAAAGGUGAUGGCAACUGAUGCUGAUUCUGGACAGAAUGCAAGGCUGUUUUACCGAUUAAUCCAAGCUACUAGCCUGAAGCUUUUCACCAUAACGCCAACUUCUGGAGAAGUCAAAACUAAACGUUUCAUUGAAAAUGGUGAUACUACCACUCAGGUUUUUGUCAUCUUGGUGAAAGACAGUGGACAUCCCCCCCUGUCUAGCACGGUCACAGUCACUGUGUUAUUGGUAGACGAGCCGAAUAAAAUUACUUCUGAUUUCCAUAAUCUGUCUCAAACCAUCGAACAGUCCUCAGAUUUGGCCAUGUACAUUAUUAUAUCAUUAGGGUCAAUCUCGUUCAUACUUCUGGUGAUAAUCAUUUUCCUUGUCACAACCAUUUGUCUCAAUAGCAAUGAAUCCGACCAGGAUUGUUCCUUGAAUAAUUAUUGCCCUGGACCGGAAAUUACCAACCACGCACAGAAGCCCAAUGCGCAUCGUCAAAUAGACACAGGUGUUCAACUCAUGCCAAAUGUAAUGAAAGUAAGUGAGGAAGGGUCUCGAUCUCAAACACGCUGCUAUAAGGUUCGUCCAGCAACCAAACAGCAAAGCACCGUCUGUGUAUUCCAGUCGCCUUCCGGUUCAAUAACGCGCAUACGCAAUAUAAGUGAUCCUGAAGUGUUUUUCUCAGAGUACAAACCCCGGACGAAACAAAGCCCUCGCACUUCCAAUGAGUACAUCGGAACCGUCGUUUCUGGUGCUCUGAUUAUUGUGUACAAAUGUAAAAUUGGUCAGCGUUUUGCUUGGUUUAUCCUAGACGUUAGUAACUGGGGUUUUUUUGGGAAGUGUAAAUUAUUUUUACAUCAUUGCGAAUGCAAGGACGAAUUCGGACAGAUAAUGCAAGCAUUGUUUAUAGUUUUCCUGCUUUAUAUCUGGAAUAUCGUCUAUGGUCAGAUCCGCUACGCUAUUUAUGAAGAAUUGAAGCAUGGUGCCUUUGUUGGGAACAUUGCUCAAGAUCUAGGACUGGACCUAGGAGAGCUGUCUAAUCGCAGACUCCGCAUUAUGUCUGCAGUAAAGAAAAGGUAUUUCGAGGUUAAUUUAGAGAAUGGCGUUUUGUUUGUGAAUGAAGUGAUAGACAGGGAACUUGCAUGUGGGCAGAGUCUUACUUGUUUUAUGAAUCUGGAGGUUGUUGUGGAAAACCCAUUGGAACUCUAUCGUAUUGAAGUGGAGAUUCUCGACGUAAAUGACAAUUCUCCCAGUUUUCAGAACGCCGAGAUCCGUUUGGAAGUCCUCGAGUCAGCGCCACCAAGAACUCGAUUCCUUCUUCAGAGUGCUCACGAUCCAGACCUGGGCGUCAAUUCUGUCCGCAUUUAUUACCUCAGCCCGAAUGAACAUUUUGCAUUAGAAGUGCAGCACAGUGGGGAUGAUAGCAAGUUUGUUCACUUGAUGCUGGAGAAAUACCUGGACAGAGAACAACAGGCAAUUCAUCGCUUACUUCUGACUGCCUUUGAUGGAGGUACACCAGAACGAACUGGCACCGCCCAAGUCAUCAUUACUGUCCUCGAUGUCAAUGACAACUCUCCCGUGUUUGGCCAAACCUUCUAUAAAACCAGUUUAAUGGAAAAUGUACCAAUAGGCACCCCAGUUAUCAAAUUAAAUGCCACCGAUCUGGAUGAAAGCACAAAUGCAGUAAUCGUGUACUCUCUCAGUGACCUUACACCCAGCCAAGUCCGUAAACUAUUCAGUAUUAACCCCCAGACGGGUGAAAUCACAGUGAAGGGAACUAUAGACUUUGAGGAAGCCAAGACCUAUGAAAUUAUAGUGGAAGCCAAGGAUAAAGGACCAUUUGCUCUCCCCGUUCACUGCACAAUCUUGAUAGAUGUCAGUGAUGUCAAUGACAAUGCCCCCGACAUGAUUCUGAUGUCAGUAUCCAAUUCGGUGCCUGAGGAUGUGCGUGUUGGGACUGUAUUAGCUCUCAUUAGUGUUACUGACCAAGAUUCAGGGGACAAUGGGCUAAUCAGCUGCGUGAUACACCCCAACCUAUCGUUUGAACUCAAAUCGACAUUCAAAAAUUCCUACACGGUAGUCAUCAAAGACAUUCUUGACAGGGAAUCCACGCCUGAAUACCAAAUUGGGAUCUCUUGCCGAGAUUCUGGGUCACCAGCCUUAUCCACCAGCAAAACUAUUCACGUGGAAAUAACUGACGUCAACGAUAACCCCCCGCGUUUUGCAGAUAGCAUUUACACUGCAUACGUAAUGGAGAAUAACGCCUUCGGAGCUUCCAUCUGCUCGGUCUCGGCUUUCGACCCUGACUUGGGAGCAAAUUCUCACCUGUCAUAUUCUAUCAUUGACAGCCAGAUUCAAGGUUUCCCCAUCACUUCAUACGUCUCCAUCAAUUCGGAGAACGGGAUCAUCUUUUCGCAACGCUCUUUUGAUUACGAGCAACUCAAAAAAUUUCAGGUCCACGUUCAGGUGCUGGACGCUGGUUUACCACCGCUCGGCUCCAAUCACACACUGAACGUGGUCAUCCUGGAUCAAAACGAUAACCCUCCUGUAAUCGUUUUCCCGCUAACAAAGAAUGGCUCGGAAGUAACCAUGCCGCGAAUGGCAGAUCGGAAUUAUUUGGUGGUCAAGGUGAUUGCUGUAGAUGCUGACUCUGGGCAAAAUGCACGUUUGUUUUAUGAACUCGUCCGCGCUACAGACCACAAUCUCUUCACCAUGAGGACUACUUCUGGAGAAGUGAGGACGACUCGUCAAAUUGAGGACCGAGAUGUCGCAACUCAGAGGAUGGUUAUAAUGGUUAAAGACAGUGGCCAUCCACCUUUAUCGACCACCACCACCAUCACCCUCUCAAUAAUAGACAGUGCCGAGGUCAUCAUUCAUCCCGUGACAUUCAAACCCAGGCUUCCAGAGUAUCCCUCUAGUGCAGCCCUUUAUAUAAUAAUAUCAUUAGGUGCCAUCACAUUAACUCUAAUGCUCGCCUUGAUUGCGCUUGUUUUUACAGUCUGCCGCAGUGCAAAUGAUGACGAGGACUGGUGUUGGUGUGUUGAACACAAUGAUGCAGAUACCAUAUACCGAAAUCCCAAUCUUAAUUUUCAAACAGUGCCAGACUCCAGUUUAAUUAAAAAUGUAAUUGAAGUACGUGGAUCUGGUUCCCUCGCUCAAACGUACUGCUACACCCUUCGGUCCGGACAGGAAUCAGUUCAAAGUGAUUCCAAAAUUCUUCCGCCCUCAAGUGGAACACCUGUUAGAUAUCACUCUGACGCUGCCAACAGUUGUUUUACAAACUGGAAUUUCAAAGAUCUGAAUAUGACAACAAUUGUAGCCACAGAGGUGGGACAACCGAAUACAGACUGGCAUGCAUCGGAGCCUCAUAUAGUUGGAAAGAUCAGUUCCCAAUGCUUGGAAGAAAAUCUAACCCAGGAUGACAUUAAACGAGAAUUCAACCGACGGCACACGUCUAUCACAUCCGGAGCAGAUGUGGAUUACAUUAAAGCAUCUCCAGAUUUGGAAGGUGGUAUACCUGGCUGGACCCCCAGGUUUGCACCACAGAACCUCGAAACCCUGGAAGCCGAUGAUUAUCAGUCAAACAUCUACAUGGGCGGCAGCCCUGUCAUGCUCUCCGGUCACCAGGACAAAGCUAUCAAGCAGGACAGGCAACAUUCUGCAUCUUCUACGAAAAAGAAGAAGAAGCGCAGCAAACGUUCGGAAAAGCGGGAAAGCAAAUGUACCAUGGAGGAGCCACAAAAUGAGUAACGCCUCUUCUCAUGGUAAUUUGAGUACUCCCGAUAUCCAAGUCAGAUCAUCAGUGUAGACACAAGGGUUCUGUAAAUUAAAUUUAAAGUCACAUUUGGAAGAGAUAUUGUUGUGUGUACUCAAAUGCUAACUUGUUGUCUUGAAUGUUUUAUAAUUUUAGUUCAAUGCUUUUAUUUAGCUUGGCUCCCUUUCUUCUGUCAGGCAACAUUCAUUUCUUAUAUGUUCAGCUGUAAAUGCACAGGAGUCGGUGAGAAAAACAAAUUAAAAAUAGCAUUUUGUUAAUUCAAUGUACAGACUAAGACAGUGACCUUAUGAAAAUGUUUUUUUCACUUUGCACUCCCUAGUGUCAUAACCUACAGUCUGACUACAGGACAGGUUAAUUGUAUUAAGAUGAAAAGUUAUACAUUUGCAAAUAUUGAUUAAAUAUCACGCUGGAGAAGACAUCUCAAUUGUCAAGAACUGAGUGAAGGCAAACGUACACAAAAUCUGUAAUCUUUAUGAAGCAGUGAUUAUUUUCAGUGCCAUCAUAAGCAAUUUUAUUCCAUGGGAAUUUGAAUUUAGCAAAUCGAGAAUUAAUGCAUGUUUUUUUUCAUGUCUCAACAAAUUGGGACUUGGGUCGAAGAACAGCAUGUAUACACCGUUAUUUUUAUGGUAUUUUAACUGCUGACAACUGGAUAUAUUUUUCUCUGUGUUCAAAGUUGAAGAUAAGAAUGUAACUGUUUUUACGUAACAUGGAAAUAAUUAGUUGAAAAAGUUUCUUUAAGUUUGCAAGCAGGGCAAAGUGCACCACAGUGUAUCUAACAAAAUGUGGAUGAAACAAUAAACUGGCUUCAGCUGCUCAUCUUGGCUAAGUCAGACUGUGACUGCUUAAUACUCAUCUGAAUCACUUUGUGCGUUUGUAGCAGCAGUAAACACAGAGGUCAUUUCUUCAAUCACCUGCGGCAACUAUGCAUUUUGUUACAUUUGUACCAAAGGUGGCUUUCUUUCUCAAUGACAUCUAAUGUAAUCUUUUAUGCUUAGUCUAUUUUCAGAUGUAUUCUGUUUUUUGCAUGUUUAAGUAAACGUGAUCAGGACAAUCUUUACCAUGU